AAGUCCAAACUCAAGUUGAGUUGAGAUGAUUCAAACAAUUUGAAGAGUAAAAGACCAAAAUUCAACUCGGUUAUCUUGUUUGGUUGAUUCAGUUGGCACAACAACAUGGCCAGGUGGUUUAAUGUCUUUUUUCCCCUAUUUUUAAAAACACGUCUAAUGGCAGAAUUAAUCUGGUAAAUUCAAAGUAAGAAUCAAUGUCCACAAAUUAUUGCUGGUGAAAAUAAGAAAGUUACUCCAGUGAAUGUAACUGGUUCCUACCCAACUGGUGGCUAAUUUCCACCAUUGAUCAAUGAGGUUUAAUCUCCAAGGUUGAGUUAAAAACAAAAAAAAGUCAAUAUUUGUACUUGAAAUAUUUGGUUUGAAAUAAAGAUGUUGUAAUAUUACAACAUUUCGUCUUUUAGGGUUUAAGCUAGCUUGUGUGUUUAUGUAGGACAAUAAAAACCAUUCAAAUCCAGCCAAGCAUGGUUAAAAAUAAAGUUUCCUAUUAAACUUGAGAUGAUUAAACAAACAAAUUAUGUUGGGAAAACCCUUUAAUUUGAAGAACAAAGGAUGGAAAUUAAAUCUUAUUGUUCUCAAUUAUCUCUACGGUGGAUGGAAGUUGGUGCAACCAUUUGGGCACAUUGAAUCUUUUCCUCAGUAAAUUAAAUAAUGUCUGAAAUAAUCAGAUUAAUUCAAGGUGAGAAUCAGAAUUAUUACAGUUAAAAAUCAGAACAUUAAUUAUCUCUUACUAUCCAAAUCUGACCAUUUUCCUGUUUUCUCUAUGUCAGAUUAUUUUCAAUGAUUACUUUUGAUGUUAUGCAAACCAAAACUACCAACACGUCUAUUUUUAAAGCCGACAUUCCUUCUUGUUUCUUCAUUCAUCUUUCUCGUGAUCCAUGAAACCAACAAGAUGAGUCAAGACCUCACGGUCUCUGCUUCUCAUCUUCGUCUCCUCCUCUUCGUCAUCAAUUUCGACACAGACAGGUGUGGAGGGAGCAGGGAUAGCUAUGGAAACCUGCGUGGGAUUUGUUUGUGCCGUCUGGAUGCACUGAUGGGAAAAAGUGGCAAUCUUCCAGAUGAUUCACCUAGUGGUUAAUUUUUUCAACUUGUGAUGGGCACAGAUGGAGAAACGAUGCAGCAUCACUGUUGUGACAGAAUAAAAACAUGAAUCAGACUUUACUCCUUUUUUUUAUUCUUUUUUUUUUUUCCCAGAAAAUUUGUGACCUCUGUUUCCAAAAAGAGGGGAAAUAGAGGGGAACAUGUACAGCUUCCAGACGGCCGCGCAUCGGAAAACAUCUUCAACAAAAACCUCUAAACCUCUACAGGCGUUCAAAGAAGACAAACAGUAUUUUUCAGAAUGGGAUCGUCAGUGGUUCAGAUGGUAUGUGUGGCCUUCGGGAUCAUGGGGCUCAUUGGGGUCAUCGUCUGUUGCACUCUUCCUCUCUGGAGAGUGUCAGCCUUCAUAGGAAACAACAUUGUGACGGCGCAGGAGAGUCAAGAAGGUCUGUGGAUGGAGUGUGUGAAGCAGAGCACUGGGCAGCAACAGUGCAAAGUGUACGACUCCAUGUUGCAGUUGGGCUCUGACCUGCAGGCCGCCCGCGCCAUGACCAUCAUCAGCUGCAUGCUCAGUGGGCUCAGCCUGCUCAUUCUCUUCUGCGGUGCCGACUUCACCACAUGUGUUCAGAACGAAGACGCCAAGCCCAAAAUCAGCCUGGUAGCCGCAGUGGGCCUGAUGCUGGCCGGCCUGCUGGUGAUCAUCCCGGUCAGCUGGUCGGCACACAACACCGUGAGAAAUUUCCACAACCAAUUGGUGCACGAGUCCCAGAAGAGAGAGCUGGGAGCGAGCAUCUAUCUCGGCUGGGCAGCCGGCGUGCUGAUGCUCCUGGCUGGAGGUCUGCUCUGCUGCUUCAGCAGACCCAAAUCCAGCAGCUCCGGAGGAACCGCCAAGUACAGCACUUCAGCGCCAAACAAGAACUACGUGUAGAGGCCGGGUGGUACCAGAAACUGUAAAUACUUUAUGCUAAGAUAUGCUAAGAAUAUCUGAAUCUGAUUAUUAUUUCUGUAAUUUUAACAGUUGGUGCUGGAAGGUUUGUGUUCUGUAAAGUUUCAUUUCCAACAGUUUCUGAGCUGUUUCUUUUUUUUCUUUCCUGGCAAAAUGGUUGAAUUUCCAUGAAUUUUCUAGAAAUUUGUGUGACAUAAUAAUGAAAAAGACAAGCAGCCAAAUGACAUAUUACAUGGAUUGCUACAGGCAGGUUACAAGAUAAUAACCCAAAUGACAAUUUUGUUUGCUUAUUUAGUCCAUUUUAUGUUCAUGAUUUCUUUGCUGCCAACCAGAUUUGCCUCAGGAAACAUUUUUAUUGUUGUAUUUCUCAAACUCCUGCAUGACUUUCUAUUCAUAAAACUGGUUUUGUUUCUCAUUUUGUACACAGAUCGCUAGAAAUGAUUAAAGCUUUGUCAGAUACAGAAAUGUUUGGAUUGUAAUGCAUAAAAGAAUUUCCUUACUUUGUAAAA